ACAAAACACAACGCCACCCUUGCCACUCUUACCUCUUUUCAAGCACUUGUUCGGUAGAAGAAGCCUUCAUCCAUAUGUUGCGCAGAGAAUACCCUCCCCUCAAACUCGGCUUUUUUCUUCCCGGAAUGAUCACUAUCCUGCUGUCGUGCAUCACAUUCUUGAAUCUGCCGCCUACCAUCCUAGGUCAUGGUAGAAGCCCGUCUAAGCUUCAAACUCGCCAAAUAGUGGUCAGACCAAACGCGCUGCGGAACUUUGAGAUUCGAGAGCCACCGGUCGUCCCCCGAAGUAAAGCCUGCGACCAGCUGCUUUUGAAAUAUAACUUCGCAAAUUCGUAUGGGAAACCAGGAAAUGCAAGUUAUUUGCCGCCAAAAGACUGCGGGCAACCUGGUGAUUGGGCAUCAGUGAUUUUCAAUUUGACAAUCACCUCUAUUGGUAAACAAUAUGACAGACUUGGGCGACUCUAUCUCAAUGAUAUAGAAAUUUGGAGAACGUCAACGGGCAAGUACAGAAUCAAAUAG